AUGGGGCUCCAGGCUGGGACACCCUGGCUGCACCGGGACCUUGUGCUGCUGCCCCUCCUGGGGGCAAUGCUGCUGCUCUGUGCCAGCGCCGGCCCCGCCGCGCCCACGGCCGGCCCCCGGAGCGCCUCAGGGUUCCCCCCGGACUGCAGCCGCCUCCGCAAGGGCAGCCCCAGCGGGGUGUACGUGAUCCAGCCUGCCCGGUCCCCCCCGCGCGUGGUCUGGUGCGACAUGGACACCGAGGGCAAGGGCUGGACCGUGGUGCAGAGAAACUCCCACGACACUGAGCUCACGUGGAAGCAAUCCUGGACCACCUACAAGUACGGCUUUGGGAACGUGCACAGCGAUUACUGGCUGGGCACCGAGUACCUGCACCUGCUGACGCAGCAGGGCACAUACAAGGUGCGCUUCGUGGUGCGGGACAAAGCCAACGUCACCCACUACGCCGAGUACGACAUCUUCAGAGUGGAGAACGAGGCCAGCGGGUACCCCCUGAGGCUGGGCAGGCACUCUGGAGAUGGGGAUGACUACCUGACCCUCUACCACCCCAAGAAGGGGGGCAUUCAUGACAACAUGAAGUUCAGCACAGUCGACAAGGACCAGGACCAGUACAGCGGGAACUGCGCCAAGAGCUACGGGGGGUGGUGGUACAACAGGUGCCAGAACGUCCUGCUCAAUGCCAAAAACUACAUUGUUUGGCCAGGAUUCUGUGAUAAAGGUGACUGUGCAUCCUCCCUCAUCCUGGUCAAACCCACAGAUGUGUGUUGA